AUGGCUCGCAACAGAACGUCAACACGGAGGCGAAGGGGGCACGACCCAUGGAGAGACCCCGUGUCCACCCCCUACGCUACUAUUCUUCGACAACACAGGCGCACGUUCAACGGCGUCGAGAUGGAAUUGGAUCACGAGCAGGCGAUUUACAGACCCGUCAAUACUGUCCUGAACUAUCAGGCCAUGACACAUUCCCAAUGGUUAGCCCUCACCACUAAUCGCUACCUCACAAUCGGUCCGCAAAGUCCAGUCUACGCUCACGGCAAGCCGACCCCUCUCUCAGCUCCUCCGGCGGAUGGAAUCGCCCAUAACGUGAAGACAGCGCCUCGCUUGAGGGUUCAGACCGACACAGAGACGUUAGUGGAAACGGAUGCGGCCUACAAGCGUCGUCAAAAAGAGCAGCUCCCUCGAACAUUGUGGAGAAACGACGACGACGAAGCCGCCAUACUGGACGAGUUUAACGACCCAUUGGCAGACCUCGUCCCGGACGACCCCUCAUGGGAUGCCUCCCAAGACAUCUCUGCCCCCGAAGGCCUGUCCACUAACCCCUCGGCCCCCAUAAGCCAACCUCCCUCCGCAUACCGCCUCAUCGACUUCAACAUCUACGUGAACGAUUCCGAAAGUAACACUUCUGGUGUGGUUGCCAGUAUCGUCGAAAUUAAGGCACUCCCUAAGUCCGCACUCGACCUCGGACAGGAAACGGAGCAUGUCGUCGCCGAUGUGAUGGACAGCAUGCUCCCGCAAGUCAUCCAAUACGUCCAGUUCGUGUUCGCGGAGUAUCCUUUCCUUGAUGAAGUCCAUGCUCUGCUCUUUGUCUCGUCUUGGUGUAAGUCCCUCCGGUUCAGGCGGAAGAACGUUCCCGAGCUUCCUCAUGUGGACGACAUUCCCAAGAACGGCUUCGUGCCCUCCACGGAUAGAAGAAGGAGAAAUAUGAGGGACUUCGCGGAGAAGAAAGACAGGGAAAGCUUUAGGAUCUUUGGCGAAGACGGGGAUUACAACCCUGCGUUCAAGGCCGCGUUCGACAAGAUUGCGCGAUAUGCGAAGAAAGUGAACUUGGGUAUCUAG